CGUCUCUUCGCUUGCGCUUUUUUUUUUGCUCCGGAGACUCAGUUGCAACAGCGGCCAUGCACUAGCAACAAUGUAGCGCACAUAUCACUCUCAAUUGUGACUAUUUCCGAUUAGCUUGAAAAUGUUCAAAAUACAGAUGGACAAAAUAUCUGAAUUAUAAGGGGUGUGUGGACGAGAGCACAUCUAGCAAAUGCGUGGGAAGAGCAUCAUUUUGUGCGUCCACAUUUGAAAAAGAUGCGAUAUUGAUUUAUUAGUAUUUCUUCUCACUUUUUGAAUGGGUGUACCUUUACCUCCGCCUGUCGGAAUCGUUCACUCAUCGCCAUAAGUAUCCGCGUUACCGCCCCAUUUUCGCCUGUCUCCGAGGCGCGGAUAAAAGGAAUUAGAUAAUUUUUUGCUGUCAGGCGGCUACUUCUACUGCGAUCUGACGAUGGGGAAUACUACCUCCUGCUGUGUGUCUUCAAGCCCAAAGCACCGGAGAAAUAAUCAUUCAAGGCUUGAACCCUACCGCCCUGAACAGCAGCUUAGUAGGGAGGACACGGGCUGCAACCUUCAGCACAUCAGCGACAGAGAAAACAUAGACGAGAUGAACAUGGAGUACAAUCCUUCAGACCACCCGCGAGCCAGCACCAUCUUCCUCAGCAAGUCCCAAACGGAUGUUGCUGUCCCCAGCAAGAAAGUGCAGGAGAAGAGGAAGAGUCUGUACAUAAACCAUCACCAGCCAGGGGGCCCAAUCAGGAGAAAGUACAGCUCGUGCUCCACCAUCUUCCUGGACGACAGCACGGUCAGCCAGCCAAACCUCAAAUACACCAUCAAGUGCGUGGCUCUGGCUAUAUACUACCACAUCAAGAACAGAGACAACGAUGGAAGAAUGCUGUUGGAUAUUUUUGAUGAGAAGCUUCACCCGCUUACGAAGUCAGAGCUCCCGUCGGACUACGACAAACACGACCCGGAGCAGAAGCAGAUCUACCGCUUCGUCAGGACGCUGUUCAGCGCCGCACAGCUCACCGCAGAGUGUGCCAUCGUCACCCUGGUGUACCUUGAGCGGUUACUGACGUAUGCUGAGAUUGACAUUGCUCCGUGUAACUGGAAGCGCAUUGUGCUGGGGGCCAUCCUGCUGGCCUCUAAGGUGUGGGACGACCAGGCCGUGUGGAACGUGGAUUACUGCCAGAUCCUCAAGGACAUCACCGUGGAGGACAUGAAUGAGCUGGAGCGUCAGUUCCUGGAGCUGCUGCAGUUCAACAUCAACGUCCCCUCCAGCGUCUAUGCCAAGUACUACUUUGACCUGCGCUCUCUGGCCGAGGGCAACAGCCUGAACCUCCCUCUGGAGCCGCUCAGCAGAGACAGGGCCCACAGACUAGAGGCCAUCUCCAGGUUAUGUGAUGACAGGUAUAAAGACUUGAGGAAGGUGGCUAAGAAGCGCUCGGUGAGUGCCGAUAAUCUAACGGUUAUGCAGUGGACGCCGGCCAUCAUAUCCUAACAACAGGCCCCCGCCCUCCCGCCCCUCCAGCCCUCCCGCCCCUCCAGCCCUCCCGCCCCCCCACUCCCAUCGUCAAGGAGACCACCAAGAGACAGAUGCUGUCUGGGACCGUUUUUGAACAGACAAACACUUUAGUUUGGAGUUUGGGUUGAACACCUCGCCACGGCCUUAGGGAACACUGUACAGACAAGACUGCUCCCCUGCUCAGCAGAGGAUAACAGACUGAGGAUCAAAAAGACCCGCACUGACACAGUGGAGGCUUCAGAGAGUGAAGGAAUACGCUUGACAAGGGAAUUUUGGGGAGAAAUCGGCACACAAACAACUGCAUUCCACUUGCCCUUUUAAAGGUCGACUGACUUGUGUGGUUGAGAUCCAAGUAUUUGAACGAAUACUUUGUACAUUCCUUAAUUUUACAACCCUCUCAGAUUGUAGAGUAUUGCUCAAAUACAAGAUGGCUAUUAUUUAUCUACUGGCAACUCUUUAUUUACAGAAAACAUUCCUGAAGCAGUGAUGUUUUUGUCAAGGAAAAUACAUUUGCUGCUGUUUGUUUGGAGAGAAAUCAUCUGCAUUACUUCCCACAGUCAGUGUAGAACAUGAAUGUCAUAACAUGACAUUGCCAAAACUAUUCUGGUGGUGUUUGGACAGAACAUCUAUAAAAUACACCAAGCAAUAUUUAAUGUGCCACUAUCAAAACCUCGCACAUACACAGGCUCUCCAACAACAUCAGCUUCAGCAGUCUAAGAGGUUGUGGAGGGACAGCACUUCAGCCACACGAGCAAGUCUCCGUCUUUUCUACCGUGAGCUACUGGUGUGAUAUGUUCACUGCCAUUGUUCUGACCUAUUGGUGCCUGUGAAAGUAUAGUGCAGCAUGUUGACCGUACGUCCCUGUUUACCUGAGGAAGAGUGUAAAUCCACUAAGGGGACUGUUUAUCGUUCACAAACUUGAAUAUUUCCUUGUCGUCACAAAGAAAAGGCACGUUGACUUUCUGAAACAAAGUCUCUCUGCAUGUUUUUCUCUGGUUAUGUCCUGCUGUGUUCUAAAGCUCUUUAGGACAUUUUUAAACAUGGACACUUCUCACAAAAGCAGUAAAAAUACAGUUUGUUGACUAUUUUGCAAAAUGACGGUUUUGUACAGUGUAUAUGACAUUCCAGUGUGCCGAGCAAUAUCACACUGUAACUUUCAAACAAUGAGCAGUUUGUUUAAGUAUUUCUAUCUGAACCGACUGUUGACAGAUUGAGGAUAGUGUUGGACCAAGGACUAUCAAACCACAGGAAAUUUACAUUCUCAAAAUAUUUGAUACAGAUUAAUAUUGUGUGGUAUUCUUCAAUGUGAGACCAAUUUCAUUUCACACCCAAACAUUCCAUUUAGACAGAUAAGGCCUUUUACCUCUUACACUUCACAUUGAUAUGGUGUUUUCCGUGUGAUUGUAUGACAUUUUAUAGGUCUGUAAGAACAGCAAUUCACACACGUGACUUUCAUUAAACAAAGAUACUGUAAAAAAGGAUGGAAUGCCAAAGGAGUUACGAAGGACUAUUCUUUGCCGCUGUUAUUGUACCACUGAAUAGUCUGGCUUUUGCACAAGAUAAACCAAGUGGAAAGACCUAGAGUUGGAAUACAUGGUGCUGUGAAAGACUUCAAGUCCAAGUGUCUUCUAGGGGAAAGAGAAACUUAACAGUCACUUGAGGCGUUGGUUGUGAGUCAAAGAUGUUCAAAUAUUGUACAGCCUAUUUAUUGUGUGUGUGUGUGUGUGUGUGCAUACAGUGCAGUCCGAUGAUGGCUUUCCUGAAAUGAAUUCAGCACGUCCAUACAAGCACGGCUAAACUGGAAAAUGCUAGGCUGCCCAUGGUGUGAUAGUCUUGUGCACUGAACUCUACCUCUGCAUAGGGUUUAUGCUUAUAUUUUCUCUCUGUCUCUCUCACACACAUUUCUCUAUCAGAAUUUUAGGAUUUUGCUCAUUCAAUUCUAAGACUGCUGUAGUUGUGAACUUUUCUUUUCAUAAUUUCUUUUUUUUCCUUUACUUUUUAAAUGUUUUAUAUGAUUUGUAAGACUCUAAUGUUGCUGUUUGAUUCUACUUCCCGGUAGGUCUGUUAAGUUUAUCCUUCUAAGUUUGCCAAAAGCAGAUCUCUCUGUCCCUCUGCCCAUCCCGUCCAGUAGUCGAACUGUAACUUCUGUUCUGUGAAGUGAACCUGGUUCUGCAUCCCUGCAGUUCUGCAUCCCUGCGUUUCAGCAUCCCUGCGUUUCUGCAGCCCUGCGUUUCUGCAGCCCUGCGGUUCUGCAGCCCUGCGGUUCUGCAGCCCUGCUGGGCUGGAGACCAGCAUGCAGACUGUCUUUUCUUUCUUUUUGUUUUUGAACUAUGAUUUCAACUGGCGCUCUCCAUUCCUCUGAAGCAAUGUUUAGAAAACCUGCACAAUAAAUAAACUUUUAAACCUUG